ACGCGCAUGCUCGACCUCGAAGUUCCGUUAGGCGCCUGGUUUGACUUGGAAUUCUCCGUCAUGUGAAAGUUUAGUUUUUGAUUCCACUUGUUUACAUUCCUAUUUUAGUAAUUUUCAUUUGAAGAAAUACCUAUUAAUUUAGUCUGCUUCUUUCGGUUGUGUGUAAUAGUAUUGUUGGUCUAAGUCUAAGUUUACCUACUGUCAUAAACGACUUUCAGGUAACUUACCCACCUCAGAAGCAUAAGUUAGUGGAGACUGAAUUUUAUUGACGCAUGUAAUUAUGAGAGUUGUGCUGUCCGUUAGAAGCCCAGUUGUUCUUGUGAGCUUUGUCAUAUUCUGUUGUCUUGCAUUGCUGGUUCUUAACAUAUAUGAACUGCGUUGGAUAGAAACAGAACAUAUCCGUUACCAUCAUGGAAAUGAGCAAGGACAUACUGAAGAUACUAAGAAAUUAGAUAAUAAACCAAUCUUCCUGUCAUAUAAUAGAGAUGUAAGCUCUGGCCAUUUAAAACAUGUUUUUGACAUGUUCCAUCACUUCGGGUAUAUACAAGGUAACCUAGCAACUGAUGAUCACUGGGACGUCCUCUGGGCUCAUGAUUACCCUUUUAAAAAGCUUUACGCUAAACUGAAAAAUCUUAAAAGUCAUCAGAUGGUCAAUCAUUUCCCAGGUUCUGGAUAUAUUACAAAUAAGAUGGAUCUGGCAACGACCAAUAUUCCAUACAUACCUAAAGCAUUUAAAAUUCCACAACAAAAGCAACAACUGCUAGACUAUGUAAAAAAAUAUCCCAGUAAAAAGUUUGUACAGAAAAGCAAUGAUCAUCGUGGAAUAAAAAUAGAAACACUGGACACCUUAGAUCUGAAGUCAAAUGGAAGUUUUGUGCAAGAGUACAUUGACAGACCGUUCCUGGUUGAUGGGUACAAGUUUGACAUUGGAGUGUAUACGAUCAUCACGUCUGUUGAUCCCCUUCGAGUUUACAUGUACAACGGAGACAUCCUCUUUAGAUACUGCCCAGAGAAAUACCAUCCUUUUGAUCCCAAAAAUUUAAACAAGUAUGUGAUUGGAGAUGAUUAUUUACCAACAUGGGAGAUUCCAUCUCUAAGGAAGCUGUAUAACGAAUAUGGCUAUUCUAUGAGAGAUUCAUUUAACGAAUAUGUUUCUAGAGCAGGUAAAGAUCCAAGCAAGAUUUGGCAGCAAAUUGAGAAAGCAAUUGAAGCAGUUUGUUUGGCCAAAGAACCCUUCAUCAUUAAACUAUUGUCAUCAUUUCCUUCCAAACGCAACUUCUUUGAGAUGGUUCGUUUUGACUUUGUUAUAGAUGAAGACCUCAACGUUUACAUUAUGGAGGCAAAUAUGUCACCAAAUCUCUCUUCUGCUCAUUUCCCACCAAACAGACUCUUGUAUGAGCAAGUCAUCUUCAAUCUUUUCCAUUUGGUGGGCCUGGCCAGUAAAAUAAAUAUGACAGACAUGGAGGUAGCCACCAAGAAUGUGAUGGUGUCUGCCAGUGUGUGCUCCAGUGAAGCGUGUAUCAGCUGCAUGGCACCUCAGUGUCUGCUGUGCCUGCCUUGUCUCACGUCGGACACUCUCUACAGUCUGAGGCAAGCACACCGAGAACACACCAACAGGCACGAGUGCAAGAGGGUCUUCCCACCUACCAUGGAAUCGUCAAAAAAUCCAGAUAUCAAGGAUUCUUUGAGUCCAGAAAAUAAGUUAAUGGUGCAAUGGUUCCAUGCUAAGUGCCUACAAGAUUCCUCGUGGUGCUGAAUUAACUAAACAUACUUGUGUGGUACUUAUGCUCAUCAAAUAAAGUAUUUACAAAGUAUUGUUUAGUCUGAGGUUUCAAGGUACCAAGAGUGGUCGGACCCAGAUACAUGCAAACACCUACUUUUUGCUGUUUGUAACAUCACUUACAGUGUACCUACAUUAUUUAUAACUGUUUUUCAAGACUUUAAUAUUGUUAUAAAGUAAAGUUAUAUUUAUAAAUAAAAUUUGUUAUACAGUAUAUUGCUGUUAAUACUGUUAAUAUUUUCAAAACCUCAUACAGUGGUUGUCGUUUCAAGCUUACUAAGAGCAAGAAACCACUGUGAGCUGUAUUUGAUUUAGAAAGUCAUGAAAUCCUGGCAAUGCUCCCACCCCCACCAAUAAUCUUUCCUGAAGAUGCCCCUGCCUGCUAAACUUCGACAAUUGUUUGGUGAGAAACCACAAUAAGGAGUCAAUCUUGAUAAGAAAAUA